AUGUCUGGCUGCUUUGUUCAUCUACACAGUAGUAUUCAACGUAAAGUCCAAGUCAGUUUAAAGACAAAUUAUGAACAAGACUCGGUAUUUGCUCAUCAUAUUAAUAAAAUUGCUGCCCUUGCUUUUCUUCAUCCAAAUGAUAUUAGUCAAGGUUUUGACAAUCUAUUUAAUCCAUUUACACCAAUAUUACAUCCAUUAUUAAAUUAUUUUGAAGACACAUAUGUAGGAAGAAAUCUUGCACAAGGGCGAUCAAAAUCAAUGUUUGAAAUCGAACUCUGGAACAUGAAUCAAAGAACUACUGAUCUUUUAAUGCACACUAACAAUUCAGCUGAAGCUUGGCACCGUCGUUUAAGUUCAGUUAUUCAAUGUCAGCAUCCUACUCUUUGGAUAUUUAUUAACAAUUUAAAAAAUGAAGAACAUUUUAUUUACUGUCAAUUGAACAAGCUUAAUUCUGGAGAAAAGAUCGAGCCAAAUAAAAAAUAUUAA